CGGAUUGGCUUGCAUUCGCUGAGAGAUCCCACAACUGAAACUACUGCACAAUAAAUAACACUAUACACAAACAAAAUGGCUAUUCCGACUUACUGUUUGGUGGCCAACAUCAUUUUUUGGCCCGCUUUUCUUGUCGGAGCUGUGUAUUUUCUGAGGAAAUAUAUGCAGGGCGGUCAGUUCACCAAGAAGACCGAUGAAACCGGCAAAGUAUUCAUUGUCACCGGUGCCAACACGGGAAUCGGCAAGGAGACGGCUCUGGAGUUUGCCAGGCGGGGAGGAACCGUCUAUAUGGCUUGCCGGGACAUGAACAGGUGUGAAACUGCCCGCCAGGAUAUCAUCAGGGAGACGAAUAACCCCAACAUAUUCGGCCGACAAUUGGAUUUGAGUUCGCAGGAAUCCAUUCGUAAAUUUGCUGCAGAAUUCAAACAGGAGCAGGACAAGCUCCAUGUCCUGGUCAACAAUGCUGGCGUGAUGCGCGGCCCCAAGAUGUUAACCAAGGACGGUGUCGAAAUGCAGUUGGGUGUAAACCACAUCGGCCACUUCUUGCUGACCAACUUGUUGCUCGACGUGCUUAAGAAAUCGGCUCCAAGUCGCAUUGUCGUCCUGUCCAGCAUCGCCCAUACGCUAGGUGCUAUCAACGUGGCUGACCUGAACAGCGAGAAAUCCUAUGACGAGGGUCGGGCCUACAACCAGAGUAAGUUGGCCACCGUGCUGUUUACCCGGGAAUUGGCCAAGCGCUUGGAGGGCAGUGGCGUCACGGUCAACGCCCUGCAUCCUGGUCUUGUGGACACGGGGCUGGCGCGGAACUGGGCCUUCUUCCAGACCAUCUUUGGGAAAUAUCUCAUCCAGCCAUUGUUUUGGCCGUUCCUGAAGACACCUAAAAGUGGAGCACAGACCUCCAUCUAUGCUGCCCUGGAUCCGGAGUUGGAGAAGGUCACUGGCUUGUACUUUAGCGACUGCAAGCCCAAGGACGUGGCUCCUGCAGCCUUGGAUGAUGCGAUGGGGAAGUUCCUGUGGACUGAGAGUGAGAAAUUCACGGGCUUGGAUAAACCAACAGUGCCAUCCUUUUUGGACUCUGAUAAAGCUUAACCGUAAAGCUUAAAGUAGCAAUCCGAGAAUGAGACUACUGAUCUCGAAGAAAAUGUGAAGAAACCAAAGCGAAAACUCAGCCAACCGAGAACGGGACUCCUGUGGAGCAUCCAACGUCCGAGCAAUGCACUAACGAUUGUAAAUGUAAAGAAGGUUGAGUAGGCUUAGAACAAGCGGUUUAUUUAAUUGUAACACUAGCAGUUUUUUCUCGAAUAGGUAUUAAAUUAUUAAUAAAUACAUAACUUCACAGCUUUCA